UGCUUAGAAGCCGGAAGUGGGUUGACGUAGCCCGGAAGGGGAAGCCUUCCCGGUUUUAGUUUUGCUGUUUUCAGGCCGCUGUCGCUGCUGCUGCUGCAGUUGCGGCUAGGGGAACCAUCGUGGGGGAGGAUGGUCUGCGAAAAAUGUGAAAAGAAACUUGGUACUGUUAUCACUCCAGACACGUGGAAAGAUGGUGCUAGGAAUACCACAGAAAGUGGUGGAAGAAAGCUGAAUGAAAAUAAAGCUUUGACUUCAAAAAAAGCAAGAUUUGAUCCCUAUGGAAAGAAUAAGUUCUCCACUUGUAGAAUUUGUAAAAGUUCUGUGCACCAACCAGGUUCUCAUUACUGCCAGGGCUGUGCCUACAAAAAAGGCAUCUGUGCGAUGUGUGGAAAAAAGGUUUUGGAUACCAAAAACUACAAGCAAACAUCUGUCUAGAUGUAUUGAUGGAAUUUCUGACUUUCUAAAUGAUUUUACUUUCUGCCUUGAAUUUUUAAGGCAUGGAUGUAAACUUACAGAAUAACAUGUUUUAAGACAAUUAAGUUUACACCAGAGAAUUUGAUUGGUAUUCGUUUUGCUCUCAAGUUCUGAACAGCAACAGUAUAACUAGUCUUUUGCCUUAAGUGAUUAUUUUCCUUAUGAGCAUUUUAUUGAACUAAGUGGCAGAUUCCAUGAAAAACAUUUCUCAGUUCUGUAUGCACUUUUAUUUAACAUUACUCAUAUAAUUCUUAUCCCCUCCCUCUACUUUAUUUAUAGAUACUGCAAAAGUGAGACGGAGAUAAUAGACAUUUUGCUCUGAAUUUGGCAUGCAGUGUUAACAGUUCUUCCUCAGUCCCUUACUAGUAUCAUAGUUCUUACAAUAAGUAGUCUCUUAACUAAUUGCAGUUUCGUAGGAUAUAUAAAUGUUUUAAGCAGUUCUUUGCUGUAUGGUUCUUUAGUUAUUAGCCUAGACCCAAAUUAAAAAAAAACAAGUUGGAUUUAUGUUUCUUAUUUGUUCUUGCAGCCAAAGUGCUAGUUCCUUUUAAUAUGUGAACAAAAACAUAAAGAGCAUCCAUAUGUCCAAAUAAAUACACGGAAUUUUAGAAAAACAUAUUACUUGAAUUCAAAUUGUCAUAAAAACAGGUGUUUGUCUAUGUUGCAUGUAAUGAAAAAAGUCCCUACUCUUUGAGAAAAGCUCUUUGAA